GCGCUCCAGUUCUCUUUUUAUAAAAUGGUUUCAAACGCGACAAGUUUCUUUGGAUCAUUUGAAAUUACGCUGAUCACUGUACCGCGCGAUCAACUCGGAAAUCCUGGAUGGAUCUUCUUUUCCUGUUUGACGUUCGUCUGAAUCACGCGAGAGGGCAGCACGCAUCAAUCUCCGACAGUGGUAUAUGAUUUUCAACCAAGGGUGGAUUAUUUAGCAAUUUGAGAAAAAAAAAAACAUCUUUUAUCAUGGGUGCCAUUCAGAGUGACGAAAAGCAGAGCGAUCAGAAUUUCGAAUGGUUCGUUUUUAGAAAAUGGAAUUUGUUUUGUCGCGGUUACGUCAACGCAUCGAGCGAAGAAAGAAAGGGAGAUCUUGCAGCCUCGAAGAAUGCCACGUAAUGAUGCUGCACAUCCGGGAGGACGACUGAAAUGACGUCGUGCCCCUCCACUUCAAUAAGUCCGUUCCCUUCUUCUUCCGUCUCUUUCUUCCCUGUCUCAUUUUUCACCUCUGUAUUUCAUCCACCGUUUAUGCCAAUUAUUUCGACUUUCCACCAUUUUUCUCCACUCUGUUUCAACACUUUUGCUCCUGUUCAAUUAUCUCAGCACCGUUCCCCCCCCCCCCUUUUUUUUCAUUGGAAGAUUUCUGUGUUCUUGAACUUUGAUUUUCCUUCGUUUCAUCGGUUUCUCUCACCGCGACUAUGGUGAUUGCUGUUGAAAUUAGACAGAGGUGAGAGAUGCAAUGGCGUAAUUGCUCGAGAGCAUAGAAUGGAGAUGAAGAAAAGAGAAGGAGCGGUGUGGAUCCCGACACGGCUUUUCGACAUCCAUUCCCAUGCUUCGCUACCGUUGAAAUACGGGUCAUGGAAAUGACUAAUUUUUCAAUUAGAUAUUUUCAAACGUUUCCUCAGAAUCCGUCUUCAGGAACGCAAAGAGAAUUUGAAAUAAUAUUAAUAUUAGUUUAAUUUCACAAGAAACUAUAUAAAGAAAAAAUUACGCCUUAAUUUCUUAAUCUUCAUAUCGAUGACGAGUUAAACAUGACUUCAUCAAUAGAUUAUUAAAAAUGUCUGCAUCCGAAAAUACUGAAGAAUUAACGAUACUUGAUAUGGGAAUUUUUUUUUUUCAUAUCUUAGGUGAUAAAAGAUUUCUACUUCCAAUCAACACGUGAAAACAUUCUUGUUACGUAUUAUUAAUAUUGAAUAAUAAUUUGUAAAUCAAUUUAUUGCUUUUGUUAAUGUAUCAAGAAUAUUGAUAAUCAAAGUACUGAUAAAUGAUUAGUACUAUGUAAUGUCCCAUAAAUAUCAUUUAAAUAAUUUAAUUGCAAGAAAGGACUGUAUGGAAAUAUGUACUUUUUUAAUCCACUGUAUUUUUAUCGAAAGGCUGAUAGAUGACCGUAAAGACGUCUUUAUGCAAAUUUCUCUAAGGAAAUAAAACAGGCUGCAGAUAUACUCGUUUGCGUCACUCAAAGUGAAAGAUUAUUCAUUUGUAUCGAAACAAAACGAAGAAGUAUUUAAUUGAACAAAUAAGAAUCGAAAGACAAAGGAAGGAGAAAUGAUUUUUUGGAGAUUGUCACGGUAUCAAUUCGUUAUCUCUUAUCAGCUUAUCAGAAUUAUUCGAUUUGAUUACUUCCAGUCUGGUUUUAUGAUCUAACGUUUCUACCGGAACGUCACAUUCCUCUUUGUCUAUAAAAAUAUAAUUUUUUUCUUUUUUUUUCCGGUUCAACUAAGCCGGAUCCUUUUCCUUGAAUUACUUUCUUAUCAUUUUGUUAUCAUCCUCGUGACUCAUAUGUGCUGUGUUGUUCUUCCGACUAAUUGUAAACUUCCAACGUACUGAAUCUUUGUAAUUUAAACGUUUCAUACGCGAUAGUUUAUUCAACUACCCUUGUUCGUAUGUGAGAGGUUAGUUUUUCUUUCACAAAGAAGCAUCGUUUCUUUUUGUGCAAUGUAAGAAACGUAAAUGUAAAUGUAAACACAGAAUUCUUGAAUCAUCUUGAAGUAUACAUACUAUUAUACGCUUUCAUAGAUGCGCAAUGUUUAAGCCGCUAGCUUUUCAAAUGGCGCGCCAAUUUUACUAUCGGUGAAACGCAAAAAUCGCAAAUAAUUUCAAGUUACUUAUUUGAAACUGAUCAGAUAAAUAAAAAAAAAGUUCAAUAACAGACGUUUCUGUCGAUCGAAAAGAAAAAAAAAAAAAAAAAGGAAUGCUUCGACCUCGAGGAGACAUUUGAACUCAGCAAAGAAGCAGGUCCGCGUCGACAGUCAGAAUCGCGAUUACGAGGAAGCUACGAGGAAGUCGGUAAAGCCCCCCACCAUCGUUCCAUGGUAUUUCCCACUCGAUUACAACGCUUCGAUUAUUUCCGUUCGCGCCGUAUAAUCGGCCAUCUAUCCAUCCUCGUUCGACCCGUUGAACGGGUACGAUCCGGUGGUCCAUUUGUCUCCGUUCUGUGAACGCGUAAUACGGCGCGGUUAUCCGCGCAUGCGCGCUGCCACGAGACCGUCGGGAAGAGUGGGGGGUGUGGCGGCAAGCUUCCAGCGGAGAGCGCGACUCGCGGCUCAGUCGUUCGCCAGCCCCGAGAGAGAGUGGCUUUGUUUUAUCGUAUAUACGAAUCGUGUGACUUUCAAACACCAACUCGAGACAAAUCGAAUGGUGUCCGAGGUGAAAGGAGAUCCGUUUCGUGUUCCGCGUCCUCCUCGAAUCCGUCUGCUUUACCCCUUUACGAACCUCUAAUAACCUCGUCUCGAUAAGAGACUCAACCGAGAGAGAGAGAGAGAGAGAGAGAUAGAGAGAGAGAGAGAGAGACAGAAGAGGAGAGUGUAUUCGAGUGGUGCCGACUGUGUGAUACACUUAGCCGCGUAGAUAGACUCUGUGAUAUACGCGUACGUACACAUACACACAUGGAUAUUUCGAUACCUCUGGACUUUUCUCAUAACGGGGAUACUGUUAUGCUGAUAUCCGUAUAAAGAUAUCUGAACCUUUAACCGUUCAUCGCGGAUGUACGUUGUGUGCAAAAGAUAAUAACGUAAACUACACAUGAUUAUUAAGAGAUAUUUAGAGUGGAUGUAUAAAUAAAUCCGCGUAUAGAAGAGGUGGAGAAAAGAAGGAAAAUAAUAGGGAAAUAGAUAAGAAGAGGCGGAAGAAAAGAUACACGUGCGCGUGGUCGGUCGGUGUCUCGAGGAUACCUGUGGAUGCCAGCCUGGACUCGCGACGUAUUAGGGCGCGGAUUUCUGCCCGAUGACCGACGACGAGAUUCGUUUCUACUUGCUAGCCGAUCUCCAACACUGAUAUUACGCCGCGUCGGACGGUUUAUCGGCUAAGCCGCAAUUGAGAAAAGUGACGAGACAAAACAAGGCGUGUUAUGAAAUUGUUGCCGUCGAUCCAGCUGCCACAAUUGCCGCCGGUUUCGGCCGGGGGUGGAGUGACGGGUAUGGAGUCUCGACUGCCACCGGGUAUAUCUUUGCCUUUCAGCCCUACAGAGUUACUUUGGCGAUACAGCCCCGCCAUGAAUUUUCCACCCUCUCACCCAUCACCCAGCCCCUUUCUCGACUUCAAGACUCACUUGCCGACAAGCCUAGCUUCGGAUCCAAGGUUGUGGUCCCGCGAGGAUGUGGCGACGUUUCUGCGAUGGGCUGAGAGGGAAUUCGACUUGCCGAAAUUCGACAUGGACAUGUUCCAAAUGAAUGGCAAAGCGCUUUGCCUGUUGACAAAAGCCGAUCUGGGAGAAAGAUGCCCAGGCGCCGGCGACGUGUUGCACAAUGUGCUCUCGAUGCUUGCUAGAGACUUUAAUCAAUUCCAAAGGUAUCUUCCGAGUAGCCCGGUUACACCCACAAGACCGUCCGCUUAUCCUCUCAGUCCUCACUCUCAUCCUCCGACCCCAACUUGGACGGAGAAUUCGUACACCGCGAACUUGGCUUCGUUAAUGUCUGCGAAUUCGGUCACCUUAUCGCCAGCGCCGUCGGUCGAUAGUCAAGCUGGUUCACCGGGGCACAUGGAGAACAAUCAAAGUCAGGUUUACAAGAGCGAUUCCGACGAGGAUAAUCAACAACCGGCUACCGGAAGCCCCCCAGCUACACCGACAGCUCUAGCCGCGCAAAGGUUAAGCGAAGUUUGCGUUAAGGAUCAGCUCAGUCCUACGUUAACGCAACCGAUGAUGCCUUUGACGCCCGGUGCCUUCAGAACCAACACCAGCAACGUUGCCAGAGAGUUUUUCCCUAAUGAUUCACCAGAACCUAACACCAACGGUAGACUUCUGUGGGACUUCCUUCAACAAUUAUUAAACGACCCAUCGCAACGAUACACGCACUAUAUCGCGUGGAAGAACAGGGAAAUGGGUGUGUUCAAGAUCGUCGAUCCUCCUGGACUGGCGAGACUCUGGGGCAUCCAGAAGAAUCACCUUUCAAUGAAUUACGAUAAAAUGAGCCGAGCUCUUCGAUACUAUUAUCGCGUGAAUAUUUUACGAAAGGUCCAAGGAGAACGACACUGUUACCAGUUUCUGCGAAACCCAACCGAGCUGAAGAACAUAAAGAACAUAUCUUUGCUGCGUCAGCAAAUGCGGAUAAAAUUAGAACCGGAAGAAGAAGGCGGAAACGGCGUCGAGCCGGAAACCGAUAUGCCGACAGACCUUUCGAUGUCUAGCAUGAGUCAGCCAUCUAAUGAGCAACAACAGCAAUCCCAGCAACAACCGUCGCAACAGCAACAACCGCUACCUCUUCACGAUCCACCCGCGAAAUACAGAAGUCACGCGUAUAAUCUGGUUAAAACUAAUCAGGAGUCGGAAGAGAAGAAGUGA